UUCAGGGACUGCUUUGGUGUGUUGGACUGUGAGUGGUGUAUGGUCGACAGCGAUGGGAAGACCCAUCUGGAUAAGUCCUACUGUGCCCCUCAGAAGGAAUGCUUCGGUGGCAUUGUGGGAGCCAAGAGCCCCUACGUGGAUGACUUGGGAGCAAUAGGGGAUGAGGUGAUCACUCUGAACAUGAUCAAGAGUGCACCAGUCGGCCCGGUGGCUGGAGGUAUUAUGGGCUGCAUUAUGGUGCUUGUCCUAGCAGUGUAUGCGUAUCGGCACCAGAUCCAUCGGAGGAGUCACCAGCACAUGUCACCUUUGGCUGCUCAGGAAAUGUCAGUGCGUAUGUCCAACCUGGAAAAUGAUAGGGACGAGAGAGACGAUGACAGCCACGAAGACAGAGGAAUCAUCAGCAACACCCGGUUCAUAGCAGCGGUGAUGGAGCGGCAUGCCCACAGCCCGGAACGCAGGCGCCGGUACUGGGGGCGGUCGGGGACGGAGAGCGACCACGGCUACAGCACGAUGAGCCCUCAGGAGGACAGUGAAAACCCUCCGUGCAAUAACGACCCGCUGUCGGCUGGUGUGGAUGUUGGAAACCACGAGGAAGACUUGGACCUGGACACCCCCCCUCAAACAGCUGCCCUGCUGAGUCACAAGUUUCACCACUACCGGUUGCACCACCCAACUCUCCACCACAGCCACCACUUGCAGGCUGCAGUCACGGUACACACUGUGGAUGCGGAAUGCUGACGGACAGCGAGGAAAGGAGCGUUCACUCCUGAGCCGUGAUCCAUGCAGCCACGGGCAGCUCUGUUCCUGUGCUUUUCCCCAGGGCUGAUUUCACUGACUUCCCAAGUAAACUGUUAGGAAUAAGAGCUUUACAUUUGUACAAAUGUAAGGCUGGCUCUGGAACGGGAGGGAAAUGGGUUGGAUGGAUGGACCUGCCAUCACCUUUAAUAAGGUGGAGCAGGAGGAACGUCAGACCUGCAGAAAGGGACCGUGAGUUUAUAGAGCAGCUGAAGCUUUGGAAGCCCCGUCCUGCUGAGCCAAGAGGAGAGAGCGGGGAAGAGCCAGAGAUGAUUUGGUUUCCUUAACUGGAAGAGCAGGAAUCUGUGCAGCUGAAGCCUAAAGAAGUGCCAGAUAGAGGCACGGGGAGGGGAAGGCUCUUGGUUUCACUGCAGUUCCUUUGGCACGUCGAAAGGACCCUGCUCCGGUUGCUGCAUGGAACCUGGGACAACGCAGCUCAAGAUUUUUAAGGAAAGGAUUAUUUUUCUACUAUUUAUUGAACUGGAAACUCUUGGGGGGAGGGAAGGGAGAAGACAUGUUAGCAAUUCUCAAUGACUGCCACAUAUAUUCUGUGAUGGUGAAGUGGUUCUUCUGAGGAAGACAUCUGUUUCUCAUUAGCUGAUACUCAUCCACUGCCCCCCUCUGCAAAGGGGAACAUGAAGAAGUCCUUUCUGACGUGUUUACAUGAGGAAUGCUUGCUUUUCCACACUUGUUUUCUGUAAAUAUCACAACUGAUUUAUAUUACGGUAUUUUCUGCCUAUUUGCAGGGGAGAAAUCCUCUGCUCCAUUACUAAAAUCCUGCCCAUAAACCUCUCCAUCUUGACCUCUUCGAGCAUCCUUAAAGGUUUCCUCUGUGGAAGUAACAAUGAAUUUCCUUAGCAUUAGUUAGCAGAUAAUUCCAAGUGCAGUCUGGGCCAUUCUUCUGUUUCCUUAGGACACUGUCAUGAUCAGAAGUAGGGAUAAACCAGUGGGGUUUAACGCUUGGGUUACUGUGGAAGAUCUCCUUUUCAAACCCUAAUGAUAAGCUGCUGCUGUUUGUCUGGAAUUUUAACGCUGCUUGCUGGUUCAGACCAAGAUGGAUUUGUCUACAACACAGGGCAUCCUGGCUAUGAAUUAAUUCACAUCACAGUGUUGUAUUUUAGACUCACGUGUUGGGCUUACAAUGCUCUAAAACCCAUUCUUGCACUGUGCCUAGGAUAAACAUCCAUUUAUAUGUCGGUUCCUUUUCAAGAUCACUUGUUUUAAUUAAUAUGGUACUUAAUACUGUAUUCUGUACAAACAAUUGGUUCUUAAACAGUACAGUCAAUAACUAUAUGUGUGAUAUCAGGAUACCCCUUUAUACUGUGUAUAAAAUGAAAUCUCUAGUGAAAUAAACUGUACAUAAAGUAUA